AAAACUGCAAUUGGGAUUAUUUUAAAAUUUGUAUAAAGCAAACAUUUGCAUAUUUGACUUGUGGCGAGAGCAAUGGCUCCAUUUUAGGAGAGACUCGAUCGGAUUCUGAGCUGCUCACACCGUGGUCAGUAAUCCCAUCCCAUCCAAUUCCUGUCCUUUCACGAACCCUAGCUUCUCUUUCUUUUCAGAUUCUUCCAUCGUCAUCACGGUUCCUCGGAUCUUUGAAAAGAGAAUCCCCCCAAUGAUAUAGCCUGUUGGGGGACAUAUCAAAUUAAAGAUGGUGAAGCUUACAAUGAUUGCCCGUGUUACUGAUGGUCUUCCUCUAGCAGAGGGACUGGAUGAUGGCCGUGACAUGCAAGAUGCAGAAUUCUACAAGCAGCAAGUGAAGGCUCUGUUUAAAAACUUAUCAAGAGGUCAAAAUGAGGCUUCAAGAAUGUCUGUCGAGACAGGGCCAUACGUUUUUCAUUAUAUAAUUGAAGGAAGGGUCUGUUAUUUGACUAUGUGUGACCGUGCUUAUCCAAAGAAACUUGCCUUUCAAUACCUUGAAGACCUGAAGAAUGAGUUUGAACGCGUCAAUGGGGCUCAAAUUGAAACCGCUGCUAGGCCUUAUGCAUUCAUUAAGUUUGAUACAUACAUACAGAAGACCAAGAAAUUGUACCAGGAUACACGCACUCAACGUAAUAUUGCAAAGUUGAAUGAUGAGCUUUACGAAGUCCACCAGAUAAUGACUCGGAAUGUUCAGGAAGUUCUUGGUGUUGGUGAAAAGCUAGACCAGGUCAGUCAAAUGUCAAGUAGGUUGACAUCAGAAUCCCGCAUAUAUGCCGACAAGGCGAGAGAUUUAAACCGGCAGGCUUUGAUUCGGAAGUGGGCACCCGUUGCUAUCGUGUUUGGAGUUGUAUUCCUCCUAUUCUGGUUCAAAUCAAAGAUCUGGUGAUUCAGUUAAUCUUUUAAACUCAUUUUCAGGCUUCUCUUUGCUUUUUUAGCUUUGGCUUAAUGGAUUCAGAUAUCAGAGACUUGAAACUGAGCUAGAAGUGACUCCUAGAUUUUACUUAAAUGGCUAAGAUGGGAUCAGAAAAAUUAGUGUUUUGGUUUACCUCCAAGUGGGGCGGUGCUGCCUGUACAAGUGUAAGAGCGAUGUUAAGCUUAGUAUUCCAGAUUAAGUAGACAAAUACUUUACAUGUUUAUUCACAUUUUGGUUACCUCUUCCUCCCAAUAUACAUUUUUUGUUCCUUAUACAUUGAGAAAAAAAUACCAUUAUAUUUAUUAUAUUAGUCCAUCUUCCUUUGGCAUAA